CUCACCCUUUUCCCUCCACAUUUUAGAACAGCCCACUCUUCCCCAUUGGCUAUUAUCUGAUCUUGGGGGUAUUUCUUUGUGCUUUAUAUUUUGGGCUCUUCGAUGCGCUGAACAUUGCAGUAAAUUGAUUGUAAAGCAGGUUCAGAAAACUUUAUCAUGGCAUCUCUGGGGCUUCUCUUGCUUGUUGCAGCAGUGGUUCACCUCUGCACUGCAGAACAACAGCCACUAAAGGUGACCACCAUCAAGGAAGAACCAUACACAAUGUCCAAAGGCUCAGAUUUUGAAGGCUUCUGUAUGGACUUGCUAUCUUUACUUGCAAACAAAUUGGGCUUCAAGUACAACAUCCGCCUGGUGAAAGAUGGAAAAUAUGGGUUAAAGGACAAGAGCGGCAACUGGGCUGGGAUGGUUGGAGAGGUUGUGAGAGGGGAAGCAGAUCUGGCCCUGGCUCCACUUACCCUCACUGCUGUUCGGGAGGAAGCUGUGGACAUGACCAAACCAUUCAUGCAGACCGGUCUUAGUUUUAUCAUGAGAAAAGACAUUGUCUCAGAUGAUUCCCAAUAUCUUAGCUUUUUAAACCUUUUCUCCAGUGAGAUGUGGAUCAGCCUCCUGGUUGCUUAUCUACUUACCUCUAUCUGUAUCUUUUUGGUGGCUCGAAUUAGCCCAUCUGAAUGGAGCCAGCCACAAGUGGAGGAAAAUCAGUUUACUAUCUCACACAGCUUUUGGUACACUAUUGGAGCCUUAUCACUUCAAGGUGCUGGUCCACACCCUAAGGCCUUCUCAGGUCGAGUAAUUACUGCCAUCUGGUGGUUAUUUUCAUUAGUUGUCUUGGCCUGCUACUUUGCCAACCUUAUCUCUUGGUUACACAUGGAUAACAAGCAGCUCUCAAUUAAGAGUUUUGAAGACCUGGCGAACCAAAAUGUCAUUGAUUAUGGCACAAUGAAGGGUUCCUCCUCAUUGGCCUAUUUUAAGAACUCCAACAAUCCUACCUACCGGCGCAUUUUUGAAAACAUGGAGAGAAAACAGUCCUAUGCUGUGACAGUGGAAGAGGGAAUCCGUAUGGCUCUGGAGGGAAAGUAUGCCUUCAUUGGAGAGUCUGUGUCUCUGGACAUGGCUGCGACACGUUACUGCAACCUUAUACGUUGUCCUGAGGUCAUUGGCAUGAGAGGAUACAGCAUUGCAGUUCCUUUGGGCUUUCCCAUGCUGAAAAACCUGAGUGUAGCCAUCCUUCAGCUGAGCGAGUCCGGAGAACUGGAAUAUUUGCGUAAUAAAUGGUGGGCGAGCAGCUGUGUGGCAGAAAAGGCACAGGCCUCAUCUAUGAAACCAGGCAGCCUGAAGGGUGUCUUCCUUCUUUUGGCACUUGGCUUAGGGCUGGGACUCAUUCUGGCCUUCAUGGAGCUGUCUGUCAAAUCACGAAACAUUGCAAACGUACAGCAGAAAUCCUGUUGUUCCGUUUUGACUACUGAACUCGGUCAGCGGUUUGGAAAAAGGGAGGCGACCCAGGCAGAUCCUUCUGAGAAAAGCAAAGCUUAAAUUCACUCAUCAUUAUUAGAAAAAAGUUUCUGUUCAUACAAUCUGCCUAUUUUUGUGUUUCGAACAAAAGAUCCCUGCUUUCACUUUAGGAAAGGUUCUUUUAACUGCUCACAAAAAAAACAUCAUGUUAACAUUUUAAUGUACUACAAAAUGUUUGAUUUAAAAAAAUGUUUACUGACUAGUUUUAGAUUUGAAAAGCCACAAGGUAAUCAUUUAUGUACUCAUAUUGCACUAAUGGUAUAUGCAGAAUCGAUAUAGUAAAGUCUAUUUAAACAUUUUAGUUAUGUGAGCUGAAGUUUUUUUUACUGUAGAUGUGUGAAAAAAAUAACAUUUGGUUUAAAAUGUAUUAGAAAUAAGAAAAGUGAAGGACUGUGUCAAAUAUAAGAAUGCUUCAAGACUUCUUACUUUUAUACAAUAUGGAAGUUCUGAGUAAUAAAUGCAUGGCUAAAUCAUUA